GAAGAGGGGAAGCAAAGAUAUAAACCUUUCAAAGAGAUUUGGGUCAUGUUUCUUGGAUUAGCUACUACAAUAUUCUGCUCUUCUUUGAGCUCUACAAUAGUGGCUAAUAUACAAGUGGACAUUGGGUCGUAUUUCCAUCAAGGAUCUUUGUCAUCAUGGCUCGGAACUGCUUUCUUACUAGGUUUAGCAGCUAUGACACCUCUUUAUGGUCGAUUAUCUCAAGUAUUGGGAAGAAAAGGUGCUAUGUAUCUUGCUUUAGGGUUGUUUUUCAUCGGUACAGUACUUUGUGCUGUAGCACCUUCAAUGUCACUCAUACUCUUCGCACGGGUCAUUGCGGGUGCAGGAUCAGGAGGGUUAUUAACAGUUACCGCUAUCAUCGUCUCUGAUUUAGUAUCGACUGCCGAUAGGGGUUUAUAUCAAGGUGGUUUGAAUCUAUUGUUUGGAGCAGGCGCUGCUGCUGGUUCUGUCAUGGGAGGAGCUAUGGCCGAUAGGUUCGGCUGGAGAUCCGCCUUUUGGAUUCAGAUACCACCUAUAAUUUUCGCUACUCUUUUAGUAGCUUUCAAAGUACAAGUACCACCUUCACAUGUCGUUCAUCAUAAAGAAGGAGAUGGGACUUGGGAGAAAUUGAGGAGGAUUGAUUGGUGGGGUUGUUUAGUUCUUGUCAUAGCGAUAUCAUCAAUAAGUAUAUCAUCAUCACUCACAACUUCUUCCGGAUAUCCAUUCAGACAUCCCCUCGUCUCAAGUCUCGUCGGGAUUUGUGGGAUCACAACACCUUUGUUUAUAUGGAUCGAAAGUCGAGUGAAUGAACCGAUCUUACCAUUGGGUUUGUUGACCAAGGGACAACCGAGUUUGGUAAUGGGAGGAUUUGUUCUGUUGACAGCUUGUAAUUAUGCCCGAUAUUAUAUGUACCCUGUCUACCUACACGUAGCGAGAGAUUUCGAUGGGUCGAGAACGGGUUUAGCAUUACUUCCUUCUUCCGUCAUGGGUCCUCUAGCUUCUUUGUAUGCUGGAUGGCAUAUGCGACGUUUCGCAGAGUAUAAAAAGUUUCAAGUUGUCAUGAGUUUCUUACCCUGGGUACAAGCUCUAGGAGUGGUUCUUCUUUGGAGAAUCGACACUGGUUUCAUCAGAUUAUCGAUCGAAAUGGCUGUCGGGGCAUCUGGAGUAGGAGCGGUGAUGACUAGUUUAUUAAGUACGUAUCUUACCCUACCUUCUCAGUAUAAGCAACUAACAAUAUAG